AAUUACUAUGGCUUUUGAAGCAAAAAAAUAAACUUGGAUUUGUUGAUGGAACAAUUCCAUAACCAAGUGCUACAUCAGCAACAUAUACUAUCUGGAAACGUUGCAAUAGCAUGGUUCUUUUGUGGCUUCUGAAUGCUGUCACCAAGGAGAUAGCCAAUAGUGUGGUCUUUAUGAAGACAACUCGAGCAGCUUGGCUUGAUUUCAAGGAACGGUACUCACAGCAUAAUGCCCCACAUGUUUUCGAAAUUCAAAGGAUGAGAGGUAGCGCUCCAUUCAAGUACUUUCUCAACCACCUUACCCAGAGCAGUUUGCCAUGGCUGCAAGUAAUGUGCAGAGGUCUUAUUCUGGCUAUCGACAGAUUGUACAAGCCAUAUUACUAUGUUGUGACCACUAAUGCCUCCACUUUGUCCCUUCCACUUCCUAUUUCAAAUAUUGAUUUUCCCUUAAUGGAACAUGCUGAUUCAUCGUCUUCACCUGCAUCACCUACAAAUGAUAUCAUUUUACAUCUAGCCUCCAUUACAACUAACCCUCCACCAACUCCUCCUAUUGUUCCCAUACCAGAAUUGCGACGUUCUCAACGAUGGACCCAAAUUCCAUCAAGGUUUAAGGACUAUCACUGCUUCAACGUGCUUACUCAAUCAUCUUCUCCGACUUCAGCUAAGCUUGUGACAAUUCGGGUUCUUUUGGCUAUUGCUGCUAUGAAACAAUGGUCCCUACAUCAAUUAGAUGUUCAAAAUGCCUUUCUCCAUGGUGAUUUACAUGAAGAAGUGUAUAUGUCAUUGCCUCCUGGACAUCCUCGCAAGGGGGAGCAUGGUCUUGUCUGUAGUAGUCCUCAACUAAUCAACCAAGUGAAAGAAUUCUUAUUUAGUCAAUUUUGCCUUAAGGACUUAGGUCCUCUCAAAUAUUUUUUGGGUAUUGAAGUUGCUUCUUCUCCUCAAGGCCUCUAUCUUUCUCAACGUAAGCACACUAUUGAGCUUCUUAAUGAUGCUAGACUUCUUGGAUCUCAAAUUGUUGAUACACUUAUGGAGCAGAAUCUGAAGCUUCUUCCUUCUGAUGGUUCUCUUCUUAUUGAUGGUUCCAUGUAUCGCUGUCUGAUUGGUCAUCUCAUAUAUCUCACCAUUACAAGGCCGGAUAUCUCCUUUACAGUAAACACAUUAAGUCAGUUUCUUCAGUCUCCUCAGAAAUGUCACUUGGAUGCAGCACAUCGAUUGCUUCGAUAUUUAAAGAAAACCCCAAGUCAAGGUAUUUUACUUUCUUCUAAGGGCUCUCUCCAAUUGACUGCUUUUUGUGAUUCUGAUUGGGCAAGUUGCCUCACCACUUGAUGCUCCACCACCGGUUAUUGCAUCUUUCUUGGUAAUAGUCCUAUUUCUUGGAAGAGUAAGAAGCAAAACACAGUCUCUCUUUCUUUUGUUGAGGCUGAGUACCGUGCUAUGGCCACCACAACUAAAGAAAUUAUCUGGUUGCAU